AUGCAACGCAAACGAGGCAGCUCCAAGAAGUACACUGCGAAGGGAAGGUCGCGCUACGUCGCUACUGAGGAGGAGAUCAUCGCAAGAAACGCUAAAGUUGAGGAGAGCGGGUCGGGUGAAGAGUUAACCGACGAGGAACCUGAGGAAUCGCAGCCUCAGGCGCUGAGGCCACCCAGGGGUAAUGAGGUAUGGCUGCAGAUUUUUGUUUUGACACAUUAUCAGCGCGAUAAGGAUGACGAGGACUCCUCGGAGGAGGAUUCGGGCGAGGAUAGCAGUUCGAGUGGAUUCGAGAUAUGCAACCCCAACCGAAAUGCGCGACCCAUUGAGAAGACCGGCGUUGUUGAACUGAGCCGGCGCGAACGUGAGGAGCUGCAGCGCCAGAAUUUCGAGAGGCAGAAGAUGACUCUUAUGGCGCAGGGGAAACUGAAAUCAGCUCAAGCCGACCUCGCACGCUUGGCGGAAAUUCGCAAGCAGCGAGAGGCAGCAAUGGCCCGAAAAAUGGAGCAAAUGUCGUUGAAAGGAAAGGAAUAG